CUGGCCCAGGGGUCACUAGUGCCAGGCCGGGGUGGCUGCCAGGACCAUGGCCAGCUCCUGCCUCUUUGGGGUCACGUAGACCAGCUGCAAUGAGACACAGUGAAUCAAAGACUGAUUUUCACACAGAAACGUGAGCCUGGACAUUCCAAGUGGCCUUGUUUGCCAGAGCCCCACGAAGAAACACCUGAGGAUCCUGCAAGUGGUGGCGGUUCAAUGAAGAGGUAUGCUACACCCACGAAGUACCACCCGGCAUGGAACAAGGAGCUGGUCACCAGUGAAGCUGGAGGUCCUCAAGCUGAGAGGCGCUCCAUCACUAAACCCCCAUCCACCAAGAAGAUGCGAGCUCCCAAGAAGAGCCACGCGUGGAGGAAUCGGACCAAGGCCCAGGAGAAAUUCGCCAGCACCAUUCCCUACAGGUUCUCCUGGCUGAACGAGCCCAGCCGAGAGCGUGACCCUCGGAAGCCCCGGGAAACCUGCGCGGUGGACAGCUCGCUGAGGGAGCAGCUGCCCCUGCGGAAGGCGCUGGUGCCCAUGCGAUCCAUCCCGGUGCCGGGGUUCGGAUCCCCGGAAUUUGUGCCGCUGUCCAGCCUGUGCCCGCUGCCUGCGCCGCCUCUGAUGAGUUACUUCUGGGAGAUACGGCUGCUGAGUCGGCGCUUCCCACUGCCUGGCCCCUCCAGACGCGUCUCCUAGGGGCUCUGAGCCACCUGCCCAAGGGUCCUGGGUGCCCCAGGCUGAGAAGCCCCUUUCAAGCAGAGAAGAUCUGGGGUGAGGGGCACAGCCAGGAAGGAGCCCUCCAUCCCUUGAGAAUAAACGGCCUUCGACUCCUGGG